AUGUCGGGAUAUCAGGGAACUCCACCACCAGGCGGGAACUACUACCCUCACCAACAGGGCCAGCAGCAGUACUAUGCGCCUCCGCCAGGCGGCCAGUCCUACCCUCCACCACCCACAUCCCCUCCCGCACACCAACAGCAGCAGCAACACUACCCACCUCCGCCAGGUGGAAAUGCCGCUCCACAACAACACUAUGCGCCUCCGCCUGAGCAACAGCAAUAUGCGCCGCCACCUGAGCAACAGCACUUCCAGCCCCCAGGCCAAGCGCAAUCGCCGCCCCCGCCUUUCCAGCAGCAACAGCCGCCACAACAACAGCCACAGCAACCGAUGAGCCCCGGCUUUGGUGGAUUUCCGGGUGGAAGUCCAAGUGCGACUCCGUCAGGAUACCCUGCUGAGAAGACUGGCCAUCCAGGCAUGGGCCAUCAGUCGCAGAUGAGCCAGCAGAGCAUACCCCAGCAGCCGCAAUACGUAGGCGCGGGCGCGGCAGCACACACAUCGCCCGCAAGUGCCUCAGCAGACGACGUGGGAACCUUCAAUGGAGGAAGUUACCGCGUGAGCCACAGGGACACAAACUCCAUUCUCACAGUGCAGUUAGCCAUCGGAUGUCCUUUUACUGCUAAACCUGGUGAGUCUUCCAACACACGAUCCAUUCUUCGCUACUAUAGGGAGCGAAAGAUGCAAAGAACGAAUGACUAA